CUAACACAUUUAUUUUUUGCUAAAGUAAUUUCUUUCAAAACAAGAACCUUACUAACCCUCAAACUAGUGUAUGUCCUAGCACCAUGAUAGCAAUUUUCCCACAGGUAAGCACCUAAAGCAAAAAGUUUAAAUGUCUAAUUUUGUGUAUUAUUGUAUUUACUUGUCUGCUGAUAAAUAUUAGCCUUAACAUAAGCUUCCUCACGUGGUUCGAGCGCAUCAGUAUCAUGGUGAUCCUGCUGAACUGCGUCACUCUGGGGAUGUACCAGCCCUGCGAGAACAUCGACUGCACCUCAGAGCGCUGUCAGGUUCUACAGGCAUUCGAUGCAUUUAUCUAUAUUUUCUUUGCACUGGAGAUGGUGGUGAAGAUGGUGGCUCUGGGGAUCUUUGGCCGUCGCUGUUAUCUUGGCGAUACUUGGAACAGACUGGACUUUUUCAUCGUCAUGGCAGGGAUGGUUGAAUACUCCCUUGAUCUCCAGAACAUCAACUUCUCCGCCAUCAGAACAGUGCGUGUACUCAGACCUCUCAAAGCCAUCAACAGAGUACCCAGUAUGCGUAUCCUAGUGAACCUACUGCUGGACACUCUGCCCAUGCUGGGAAAUGUGCUUCUGCUCUGUUUCUUUGUCUUCUUCAUUUUUGGCAUCAUUGGCGUACAGCUGUGGGCUGGACUAUUAAGAAAUCGCUGUUACCCAGAGGAGAACUUCACCCUCACAUCUGGCCUCACCCUCCCCGCCCCAUAUUAUCAGCCUGAGGAGGAUGACGAGCGGCCAUUCAUCUGCUCGCUGGCUCAGGAUAACGGCAUCAUGUCCUGCAGCGACGUGCCCGCUCGGAGAGAAGGCGGACGGGAGUGCUGUCUAGAUAAAGAGGAUGCGCUGCACCGUCAGGCCCUGGGCCUGAGCGCGGAGCCGCUGGUCAACGGCAGUGCCUCCGCCAUGGGACUCUGUGUGAACUGGAACCAGUACUACACCCGCUGUCACACAGGACACUCCAACCCACAUAAAGGAGCGAUCAAUUUUGACAACAUAGGUUAUGCAUGGAUCGUCAUAUUUCAGGUGAUCACGCUGGAGGGCUGGGUGGAGAUCAUGUACUAUGUCAUGGACGCUCAUUCCUUCUACAACUUCAUCUACUUCAUAUUCCUCAUCAUCAUUGGAUCUUUCUUCAUGAUUAAUCUGUGCCUGGUGGUCAUUGCCACUCAGUUUUCGGAGACCAAACAGCGAGAGCACCAGCUGAUGCAAGAGCAACGCGCUCGCUACCUGUCCUCAAGCACGCUGGCUUCACUCGCUGAGCCCGGAGACUGUUACGAGGAGCUCUUCCAGCUGGUCUGCCACAUCCUGCGCAAGGCCCGCCGCCGCUCGGCCGCCCUUUACUACAUGCUCCGUGGCAAAGCCCCUCCCCCUGGAGGAGGGAGGGGGCGUGGCAGGGGAGGGGCAGGAUCGACAGGGGGAGGAGCUAAUGUGAAUGGGAGCGAAAGACACCACUGCCAUUCUACUCAGACAGCGCCUCAUUGUAUUCACGAUACCAAGUUGGACCACAGCUCCCAACCUCUGGAGAACGCAAUCUCCCUUUCCGUCACCCCAAACCCCGAGGAGUGUCCACAGUGUGCUGCCACCCUGUCACUCAAGGAGGGGGCGGGAUCGACGGGGCACUCAGCCAAUGGGGAGGAAGAGGAGGGUGCGCUGGAGGAGACCGACAGGGAUGAGAACCGCUUGGAUGAGAAGCUGGACAAUGACUCCGGGGACUCGCCAAAGAGGAAACGCUCCUGUUUUGGGAAAUGUAAAGAUGUUUGGGAUGAAAUAAGAGUGAAGCUUUGGGGUAUAGUUGAAAGCAAGUACUUCAACAGAGGGAUUAUGAUCGCCAUCCUCAUCAAUACAAUCAGCAUGGGCAUCGAGCACCAUAACCAGCCUGAUGAACUGACUAAUGUCCUGGAGAUAUGUAACAUAGUGUUCACCAGUAUGUUCACCCUGGAGAUGAUCCUCAAGCUGACUGCCUUUGGCUUCUUUGAAUAUCUGAGAAACCCCUACAACAUCUUUGAUGGCAUUAUUGUGAUCAUCAGUGUAUGUGAGAUCAUCGGGCAGUCUGACGGGGGUCUGUCCGUCCUGAGGACGUUCAGACUGUUGAGGGUCAUAAAGCUGGUGCGUUUCAUGCCAGCUCUGCGCAGACAGUUGGUGGUCCUGAUGAAGACCAUGGAUAACGUGGCCACCUUCUGCAUGUUACUAAUGCUCUUUAUCUUCAUAUUCAGUAUUCUGGGAAUGCACAUAUUUGGCUGCAAGUUCAGCCUGAAGACAGAGGCUGGGGACACAGUACCUGACAGGAAAAACUUUGACUCCCUGCUUUGGGCCAUUGUCACAGUGUUUCAGAUCCUAACUCAAGAGGACUGGAACAUGGUUUUGUAUAACGGCAUGGCCUCUACCUCCCCCCUGGCUGCCCUGUAUUUCGUCGCGCUCAUGACUUUUGGGAACUACGUUCUGUUCAAUCUGCUUGUGGCCAUCUUAGUGGAAGGAUUUCAGGCUGAGGGUGAUGCUAACCGUUCCUACUCUGAUGAUGACAGAUCCUCUUGUAACUUAGAAGAAACUGAGAAAAAGGACUCACUCCAGCUGUCAGAUCCCAAGAUUUCCACUUUGACCCCUAAUGGGCAUCUGGAUUUGGCACCUGCACCCAACGCCAGGGGCCUGUACCCAUCUGAAAGGCUGAGCUUUGCCCUGGGUUCCCGCAAGAGCAGUGUGAGCUCUCUGGGCAGGGCUAGCCUGGAGCUGACGGCGCUGUGUCCAGGACGAGCCUCUCUGUACCACAACUGGGGACGGCCCGCACGGCCAGGAAUAUGGAGUCGCAGGUCGAGCUGGAACAGCUUGGGUCGAUCCUCUAGAUGCCUGGGGAUGGGGGGCGGAGGCAGUUUAAGGGUCCGUAGCCCUCACUCUCGCCCUGCUGAGCAGGAGUCCCUGCUGUCUCCUCCGCCCCCUCCGCUGCACCCGUCUUUGCUCUCCAGACACUUCGUCCCACGCAGAGAACGGCGGGCUCUCUCUCUGGAGCUUCCUGAGCUGCUGCAGGUGCCUGGACCGGCCUUGCCUCCUCUGCAUCCCCGGCAACGCAAGAAGAGCUUCUCUGGGGGUCUGGGAAGCGUUGGAGAGCACCAGGACUGUAAUGGGAAGACACCGUCAGUCCAACCACAAAUCAUCAACGAAGUCUACCCUCAGGUCAAUACACGAAAGGACAGGGAGGAUCUGGAUGAUGAGCUGGACUAUAGUCUAUGUUUCCGGAUCCAGAAGAUGAUAGAGGUGUACAGACCAGACUGGUGUGAGACCAGGGAAGACUGGUCCGUCUUCCUCUUCUCUCCCCAAAACAAGUUCAGGUUGAUGUGCCAGUCCAUUAUAGCCCAUAAGCUGUUUGACUAUGUGGUGCUGGCCUUCAUCUUCUCAAACUGCAUCACUGUGGCUCUGGAGAGACCCAAGAUCCUUCAGGGUAGCCUGGAGAGGCUUUUCCUCACCGUGUCCAAUUACAUUUUCACAGCCAUAUUUGUGGGGGAGAUGACACUCAAGGUGGUGUCUAUGGGUUUGUAUAUUGGAGAGCAGGCGUACUUGCGCAGCAGUUGGAACAUUUUGGAUGGUUUCCUGGUGUUUGUGUCUUUGAUUGACAUUGUCGUGUCGAUGGCGGGCGGGGCUAAGAUCCUGGGGGUGCUCAGGGUUCUUAGGCUUCUGCGCACACUGCGCCCCCUCAGGGUUAUCAGUCGAGCUCCUGGCCUCAAACUGGUUGUGGAGACUUUGAUCACCUCUCUGAAGCCUAUAGGAAACAUAGUUCUCAUCUGCUGUGCCUUUUUCAUCAUCUUUGGCAUCCUGGGAGUCCAGCUUUUCAAAGGCAAGUUCUACUACUGCUUGGGCCUGGAUGUCAGAAACAUCACCAACAAGUCCGACUGCCUCUUGGCCAAUUAUAAGUGGGUCCAUCACAAGUACAACUUUGACAACUUGGGGCAGGCUCUGAUGUCCCUGUUUGUGCUGGCGUCGAAGGACGGCUGGGUCAACAUCAUGUAUCAUGGUUUGGAUGCAGUGGCUGUGGACCAGCAGCCCAUAACCAAUAACAACCCCUGGAUGCUGCUGUACUUCAUCUCCUUUCUCCUGAUUGUCAGUUUCUUCGUGCUGAACAUGUUUGUUGGAGUGGUGGUGGAGAACUUCCACAAGUGCCGACAGCACCAGGAGGUGGAGGAGGCCAAGAGGAGGGAGGAGAAGCGACUGAGACGCAUGGAGAAAAAGAGACGGAAGGCCCAGAAGUUGCCCUACUAUGCCAGUUACAGUCAUGUGCGACUGAUGAUCCACACCCUGUGCACCAGUCACUACCUGGACAUCUUCAUCACCUUCAUCAUCUGUGUAAACGUUGUGACUAUGUCACUGGAGCACUACAGCCAGCCUCAUUCUCUGGAGAUCACACUCAAGUACUGUAAUUAUUUCUUCACCAGCACCUUUGUGCUGGAGGCUGUCCUGAAGCUCAUCGCGUUUGGCUUCCGCCGUUUCUUCAAAGACAGGUGGAACCAGCUGGAUUUGGCUAUAGUGCUGCUGUCAGUCAUGGGCAUCACGUUGGAGGAGAUCGAGAUCAGUGCUGCUCUGCCCAUCAACCCCACCAUCAUACGCAUCAUGAGGGUCCUGCGCAUUGCACGUGUGCUAAAGUUGUUAAAGAUGGCCACGGGAAUGAGAGCGCUGCUGGAUACGGUAGUUCAAGCCCUGCCACAGGUGGGGAACCUUGGCCUCCUCUUCAUGCUGCUGUUCUUCAUUUAUGCUGCACUGGGGGUGGAAUUGUUUGGAGAGCUGGUGUGCAAUGAGGACUACCCAUGUGAGGGCAUGAGUCGGCACGCCACCUUUGAGAACUUCGGCAUGGCGUUCCUCACCCUCUUCCAGGUCUCCACUGGUGAUAACUGGAACGGCAUAAUGAAGGACACUCUUCGAGAAUGCCCGCCAGGCGAAUACACCUGUAAUCCCAGCCUACAAUUCAUCUCUCCGAUGUACUUUGUGAGCUUUGUGCUUACGGCCCAGUUUGUUCUCAUCAAUGUGGUCGUGGCAGUGCUGAUGAAACACCUGGACGACUCCAACAAAGAAGCCCAGGAGGAGGCAGAGAUGGAUGCAGAGAUUGAACUGGAGCUGGCCCAGGGAACGCUCUGCUGCAUCGGAGGAGGGGGGCCUGUAGCAGAGAGGAGCAGUAUGGGGCAUCAGGGGGCUGGACCCAGCUCUACUGUUCCACCUCACUCCCCAAACACACUCCUAGGGGUCCACGAGCCCAACAGCACCAGGAAACUCUACUCACCAGCCCAGGAGAACUUGUGGCUGGACAGUGUAUCUCUGCUUAUCAAAGAUUCAUUUGAAGGGGAGAUGCUGAUGAUUGACAACCUCUCUGGCUCCGUCUUCCAUCAUUACUCCUCUCCACCCGUCUGCAAGGACUGCAGGACUCAUCCGCAAGAGCAGAUCCACAUGGCUGAACUGGAGCAGGCGUCUCUGAGGUCGGAGCAGCUCUCAGAUAAGUCAUCCUCACCAGCGCUGCCUGAUGACCUCAGCCUGGACGAGCAGAGCGUGUACCAGAUGGCUGCCAAAGAGGGCAAGGAAAGGGGUUGUGAUGAGUGCCUAAACACUGAAGAACCUGGAGGGAGAGGUGACGGCAGGUUACAGCGACCCUCUCGGGUUCACAGCUCUGGGACAGAUGAUGGGGCGGCAGUGAAUGGAUGCGGUUCUCAAAGUCCACAUCACAACACACCUGCUCGUCACAGCAUAGGUGGAGUUCCCUGUAGCAGCAGUAAUCAGGAGCACCCAGAGGUUUCUGGAGCUUCGAGCCUCUCUACCACUCCUAUCCGUCUCCCUGCUGAAUUCUUCUACCCAGCUGCCGCGGCCCUCCCCGCACCCCCGAGAGGCCGGCCGGGACACAAACCAAGAGGGCUUCGGCUAACUUCCCCAGCCUCAUGGGCGUCUCUACGCUCUCCUGGAGCAAACACCAGGCUGCUCACCACACAGUAUCCAUCUCACAGUGACUCCUCCCUGGCCACGGGGAGCUCAGAAAGCAGCCUACCAACCACCAUGGAAGAAGGGCUCAGUUUCAUCGUAUCCACCACCCAGCCGCUGCUGGACACACUCCUCGACGAUCGCGCCAGCCUCUCCACGGAGACCCUGAGACCCAGUCCUCCAGCCACCCAGAACCUCCAAACUACGAGGGGACACCAGCGCAGCAAGAGCAGCUGUGAAACGGACAUGAGUGCAGGAAGAAUUCGGCAAGGAUCCGAUGAAGAUGUAGGGAUGGUACGGUGCAGUUCUAACCAGACGUGUGACAGCCAGCAGCUCUCAGAGACGCCAAGCAGCCUGUCGCUGACGUCGCUACUUCUGCCGAGCUCUCUAGCGCCCCCGUCUGUGAAAAAGUGCAACAGCACGGGCAGCUUAGACCACGGGACUCUCACAACCCAAGAAAAAGUGUUCACAAAAGAGCCACAGGGUAAAAUCACCAGCCCCUGGAAAAAAAGUAGAGAAGCAAGAAGAGAGAGUCAAUUGGAGGCAGCACAAGGAAAAGACGGGGAAAGUACAAGCCAAAUAACAAUUGUGGGCUCCAGGAAAAAUAGAUGAAACUUUACCUAGUGUUAGUUAUUUCUAAAGCCCACUACUCGAUCUCUGUUUUUUUCAGGGAGCAGUUUGACAUGUGGCGUUCCAUCAAGUCUUUCUCUCUCUAUCUCCCUGUUUUCAUUUGUGACCUGUUACCAUUUUGUAUUUGCUUGUGGUAAACGUCCAACAGGACUGUAGAGAAACUGGAUAGAGAGACCUGAGAGCAGUUUGGCCCCUUAGAGCAUGACUAGACCGAAGGGGACUGUUCAAACAGCUGCCUGAACAAUCAGGUCAGGAGACGACAUACAGUACAGGCAAAGCUUUCCGUAUGCCGGAAUGCUGGGAGUUUUCUCAAAAGUUAUUUAAAAAGGAAAAAAAAAAAGAUAAACCUACUAUUAUAUAUAGAGGAACUGAAAAGAUACGGAGAUACAGUUAAAAAAAUACAGUAAAAGAGAUUGAUUCUCUAAAAGAGGGCAUGUUGUGUUUAAUGAUUUGACACAGUUACAUUACAAUGAAGAUUUUAGGAUUUUAACUCUUUCAGUAUACACAUAUUUUUACAGGUUUUUUUGUUCGUUUGUCAUUUUGUUUGUUUGUACUUGUUUUAUAUCACUGAGGAGAGAGAACAAUGUUCCUCAUUCAAUCUGAAGCAAAGCAUUUGUUUUAGAGAGUGACUAAAAUUAAUGAGAGGAAGUCAGACAUCCAUCUAUCUAUCUUAUCUAUCUGUCUGUCUGUCUGUAAUUUUAUUUAUUUAUUUAUCAUUCAGAUUUAUUUAUAUAUUUAUUUAAGUUAUUGUUUAUAUAUUUAAUUAAAGGGCAAAAUAUGUAAUCUCCUACCUUUUGCAUUAGGAGAUAAAGAAAAUAUGGACACAAGGACAAAGAACAGUCCUCUGCAUGACGGAGUCUCUUUACAAAGAAGUUCAAUGUAACAACUACUGAAGAUGUCAAUGCUGGAAGAAAGCAGUGAGGUUUUUACUCAGAUAUUUUUUUAUUGAUAUGCUCUGGAUCAAGGAAUAGGUGACGCGCAUUGUUGUGGUCACCGUUCUCCUCCCCACAACCCAAGAACAUUUCUCUAUGUGACUUUAUUCCCUGCAAGUGGCUUCCAUUUUUAUAAUUUUGAUUUGGUGGAGGAGACUUUUUGGUAUGCUCGGGUAAAUACAACCAAGCAAACAAAAAAAAAGGAAGAAAAAAAAAAAAAAACAUCCUAAGGAUUUUAGACUGUGGAUUACAUGAACUUAUGGAUGUUGAAUACAGCCAGACACAAAGGAUGAUGAACAGGCUGUGGGAUUUAAACGUGUCUUCAAGAACCCAGGAGCCUCUGCUUUAUUUUGGUCCUUGGAUGACAUGUCAGAUGAGGAAAACACAAGAUGGUGAUAUUUAGCUUUCAUUUUGACAAAACUAGGUUGAUUGGAUUUGCAACUGAAUCAAUUAUUUACACAUGAAUUUUCUUUAGCAUGGUUACUGGACUGCAGUAGGACACCUCUGAUUUAUUAUUCCUCCUCUUUGAAAAAAAAAAAAAAUGCACUCGUUUGCUCUUUAUUUCCUUUAGCUUAGACUCGGUCACUGUAUUCAUGUGCAAAUGGAGAAACUCUAGGUAUGACACUCCAAAUAUCUUAGUUUAGUCUGCUGUAGUGUUUAGCACCCCUGAUGUUUUUGUUGUUGUUUUUUUCUUUUAGAAUAUUCAGGUGAAUAUCACUUGUAAGGCUUGACCUGUUGAUGAACUUCAUUGUCAUUUGAUUGGUAGUGACUGUCCAUCCAUGACGUCUGGGUCUCUGUACAUUACGUCAGUUGUGUUGUGGUUUAGUCAGGACCUAAGUGCAGGAUUGUCGUUUUAUUCAUGGAGCCACCGUUUUGAAAUGAGGAACACCGAAGUAUUAAAGUUUAAUCAGCAAAACACAAUAACAAAGGGCUUACUUGGUUUCCAAGGUGUUCUUGGAUCUCACCAGACAAUUUUUGCUAAUAGUGCGCAAGACUUCAAAGGUUAGUCUGACACUACAGCAAUAAAGAGUAGCUUUGUGUGCCCCAAAUAUACAUAAUGAUGUCAAUGUCCUUUUUUUUUCCCUUUUCAAGAUUAUUUACCCUUGUUUACUAAGUAACAAAACCUGCACGACGUGAGGGCUGAUCACAUUACAUAACCGUUCAAGCAUUGAGAAUAGAUGGGCUGCCAAUGGUUCAGAUGAACAAAUGAAGUCAUUUCGAACUCAGGGCCUUGGAAAAUACCACUACCGAAUGCGCUGUUUCCUCAGGGAGACAGAUGGCUGGAAAAGGAGGACUGUAUGUUAAAUGUUAAUGUUCAUUUGAUUUGAUUUUGCAUUUAAUGCUCUAAUAAGCUUGCGUCAGUGCAUCGCCAUUAUAGCAGGAUACGAGUGUAGGCCAGUUUUAUUAAAGUAACAGGUAAACUGAAAGCUAAUUCAUAGCCAUCACUGUAUAGUUUGAAAGUGUAUGUAGCUUAAAGAAAAAUCUGACCAUGCAUUUAAGGAUGGAUGCAUAUAUUACGUGUAUGUACGUGUGGUUUUAAAUGGUCUGGAGUGAUGGGUGAGAUUUUAUACAAAACUCGAUGCGUCUUGUCACUGGGUUGAACAUAUGUACAUAUCCUUUUAUAUAUCAAAUUGCAUGUGUGCUACGACCAAUGACAAUGAUACAUGCAUUUUAGAGCGGUUGAGGCUUAGGUUUUAUUAUUUUAUUAUUUUUUCCCUCACCCUGAGGUCUUCCUGAAACUCUAUUAAUGUAAACUUAAUUUGAACCUCUAGCUUAGAUGGACAGUUCUGGUCCUCGAAUCUGAUUGGCUGUGCAGCGCUCAAUGAGUGCUGAUAUAUCACCUUUAGGACUACAUUUUCACUGUUGGAAUGACUCAGAUUGUGUGUGUGUGUUUGUGAGCGGUAUGGAGUGGAAGUGGGAUCGAUUUAUUUGUGUGAGCAGGGGGCGGGAAAUGCAAAAAAAACUGGCUUGAUUGCAGUGCUCUUUGCGGUCACUCCAUUCUGCUCACAUCCUCUCUUCUGUUGUAUGUACGUUGGUUGGCAACAUUCCCAUACGUUUUUGCUUCAAAAUAACGUUUGUCAUGUUGUGAUUUACCUCAUAGCUGACUGGUUUAGUUCUUGGCUUUUAACUCUUUACUGGAGAUGUUUUAAAAAUCCCUAUGGAAAAAUGAAUGGGAAAGAUACUUUCAGAACCAAGGGUGCUGAAAAAGUGGGCAAACACUUUUGCACUCUAUUGGCUUUUAAACGAUCUUGUGCUGUGAAUGACGACAGACUUCUCAUUUUUUGGUCAACUAUACCUUUAAUUUCUUGUGCUGAUAUUCAGCGCAGCAUGCUUAUGUGAUAUUGCUUAAUUUGGAUGUUCAUAAGUAAAAUUCAUUGGUUUGCCCCUCUAAAAGAAGCAAUAAACUCCAUGUAGCAUGACCCUUGGGAAAAUGAAGAUGGGUGGAAAAAGACCAGAGAGGUUCUGACAGGAGACACGCUACUAGUGCUUUGGCAUGCUUGUGUGGUCGCUCAAAAAGCACUGAAGCGGAAACUCAUGGGAGAAGUGUUGUUUCUCCACACCUAAACCAUCUCUCCCCUCCAGCUAUCUGUCCUUUAAAUGUCAGCUGCUCUGCUGUCCCAUGUCCUGACCGCACGCUCGUAGGGCCAUGGUGUCGCCCGCCUCGGGAAUCUUAGGAUGCAGGCUGUCACACCACUGUACAAAUCAUGUCAAAAUAUUUCAUUUUAUCAUGUGAAAUGAAGGGGUGAUCUUUGGCUGAGCAGUAAAUUCCCUUCUGAAAGGGUAGCGUUUCUGUAGCUGCAGUUUUUGUCAUUUACGUUGGUGCCUGGGAAGUUCUGGAGGUCGUAUGCUUUAUAUUUGACUCAUAUGCGCUCUUAUCUAAUCAUUACAGCUUCGGAGAGUGUCGGUUAGAUGUAUGGAGACCCUCUGACUUCAGUGUUUAAUCUAGAGGUUGAGUAAUUACUUUCCCCGUCUGACUGGAAUAAAGCAAGUGCUAAUGGCUACAGAAGUCAUACGGGUAAAAUAAAGGUGAUCCUCCCACUUAAUGACAAAAAAUGAUCUUCCGUAAUGACCAGGGCACCCCUAAGAGGACAAUGAGAUGGAUACCCUUGUGGUGUAUUGCGUGGCCUUGAAUGUGUCAUUAUCUGUACCUUUCCGUUUCUUAAGUGAAAAGGAAGAAAAAUGAAAUGGUUAAAGUUACUUCUAGGUGUUGUAAUUUUGGACUAAAUUGCAGCUUGUUGUGAAAUCUGAAGUGUAGCCCUGAGUAGGUGUGUUUGAUUCUCUCUCUCGCUCUCUCUCUUCCCUCUCUCAUUUGGUUUGUUUGGCAAUCACUAAAUCAAGGCACUAGCACUCCAUCAUCACAGAGCACAGCACUUCAUACCUGAAAUAUGGUAGCCUACUCACACAUACACACAAACAACAGUUUCAUCAAGGUGACACAAAGCAAAUCGCUCCUGACAUUCUGUUCGGAUUCGGUUACUUAAGCUCAGCCACAUUUAGUGCCGAUAAGGGAAAAAAUGAGGAGCAAAACAGAUAAAAGACAAAAACACCAUAAGCAUCCUGUGACAACAGGAACAAAGGCUGAGAGUUAUAUGAUGUUCCUGUCAAUCUGCCCCAUUAGAAGCAGUACGCUCUGCAGCAGUGCCUCUCAACUAGUGGCCUGCAGCAUCUUGGUAGAAGGUAGCUGAUGUUGGUAGCCUUGAGCAUGAAACCAUAGAAUUGUAACCAAGAUUGUCCGUUUUCUAUACCAUGCGUAUGCCAGUCAUGAUAAUAAGUUUAAUAUUAAUGAGUUUCAGUAUGAUUUAACAACGUUUUUACUUUUGUACGAUAAACAAUAUUUUAGUACUUUGAUGUCCUGAAACAAAACCAGCUGAAAAGCACUGCUGUAGUCUAAUUGUAUCUUCUAAACCCCAUCUUCCUAUCCAUUUGAUUGGCCAAAAUGAGUGAGUGCAGGAUGAGUCAUCAAUAUUUCCAAAUUUUAGGGGUGUAAAUCUGCAAAAAGUCAACAUCGUUUCAGUUUUUAGGACCACACUGGCAUACAGAUGACCACAAAGCUAAUAGAAAAGGACUAGCAGCCGCAAAAUUACAUGGAGUUUUUAAUAUUAGACUGUUCUGUAUAGCCAUGUGUUAAAAAGUUAAGUGUGCAGACGUGCUUUGGGUCAGUUUAUAUUAGUAACAGAUGAAUUUGGAGCUUUUUAUUUUGUUUUGUUCCCAUCAGGCACAGGAAGUGUUCAAACUGAAGCUGAAGCCGUUUCCCAGUAGAGGUUAUAUUACUAUGCAAGAUUUUGCAUAUAACAUGAAUUUGCUUGCUUGCAUGUCCUUUCCUACUUCUGAAUCAUACAUUUAUGUUAAAAAAUUAGUAGUAAUGUCCAUUAAUGUUCAUGUUUCUGAGAGCUUUGCUAAUGUAGGUUCAGCUUCAGUUCAGUGUCUAUUAUGUGUAAGUUUAUGUAUGUUUAAUAAACAGCUGAUGGCAAUGAUAAUUCAUUCUUUGUCUCAGCGAUUAUGAAUCCCCUUUUGAUCCUGAUUUAAAAAUACAAACUGCUAACUUUAAGAAUAGUAAAAUAAAUUUCAUAUCCUGAAUCGAGACAGCAAGUGUUUGGGUUGAAAUCCUUGCCCCAGAACCCUACUUGGAAACAAGCGAGAUCUUUUUGGGGGCCUGAGACUGAUGAUGAUUCUUAUUUGCAAUGACGGCGUCAUAAUUUCUUGUUUGGGUGCGGCAGGCCUGCUACUGUCUGGGCUUGUCUGCGAGCACUACGACAGGCUUAUGGAGUGUUAUUAAGUUUGCCCAGGCUCACCUUGCCUGUGAUUGAAUUAUGGCCCAAUAGUAGUCAUCUAAAUUAGGGGACCACUAAAAUGUGCAGUUUAUUGCUUCAGUGUUCAUUUCAACAAUUGAAAUGAAAAAUCCUUCAAACAGUGCACUGAAGAUUUAACUAGACUUUAGUCGCUGCUCAUGGUAACUCAUAUGUUGCUGUUUUGGUGCCAAAAAGAGAAAAAAAAACAGGAUCUGUAAUUCUAACCUGAUUAAAAGUCAGUUUUUAUUUUCCUUAUGGCUGCCAUGUAAAUCUUUGCUAAAAAUGAUUUUGAAUGGACUUUAAAAUGGUUUCUUUCCAUGAAAGUUUUGAAAGAUAUACAGUAGUUGCUUGAUGCUUUAUGUAAACAUAUUUACUGUUUUUUUGUUUUGUUUGUUUUUUUCUCCAGUCUGAACGGCGCAAUGUAAACAAUAUAUUUCAGAGCAUGAGUAUUUAUUUAUAAGUUAUAAGGUUUUUGUUAGUUCACAGAUGUCUGCUGAGUGUUUUGCACAAGCUCGGUCAGAGAACUAACAAUGUUUAUUUCCAGCAUGUUAUGUCUGUUUAUUUAUUUAUGCUGCAUUGAUAUUAAUUAAGCGAGCAGUGUCUAUAUCCUCCAGGAACAUUUGGCUCAUUUUCAUGUCUUUUCAUGCACUUGAUUAUUUACAGGUACAAUGUAAUUCAUACAUUCAAAGUCAUCAUUAGUCGUGGAUGUUGUUACUUAUCUUAACAAACAUGAUCUUGUUUUUAUCAAGCAAAACAUGUUGAAUUCUAAGUGUAAGCUCAAGGCUCCAUUUCCAGAACCUCGUUUCACUUUACAGGAACGGAUUGAACAUGUUGCUCUGAUUAAAAAAAAAAAAAACCUGUAGUCCAAAUCAUUCUUGCUAAAUGACUGCACCAAGGGCUCUGUGGAAAUCCAAAUAUGCUUUAGCGUUAUAGGGAACAAUACAUUAUAUAUACAGGGCUCUCAGUGAAUGAGUGAAUGAGGCAUGAGUUCUUAACUUCUGCUUUCUGCUUGGAACAAGGUACAACAUUUUCCACUUCAAUGUUACAAGAUCACAUUUUAAAGCCAAGGUCUUAGAAAGCACAGCCAUUUGGCCAUUGGUUAUUAUCAUUGUUAAGGACCAUGAAAAAUUAUAGCUUGCCAAGCUGCAAGCUAAUCAUUGGAAGUAGUUGAACUAAAGUAGUCAAAAAAAGGUGGCUGCACUAUAUAAUCUGCGCCAUAUUGUUGCUGGCAUUAAUGAGAUCUCAGUUAGGGUGACAUUAUCAUUCUUGAACAGGUAAAUGUAUGCUAUAAAAUACACCCAGAUUUACAUGAGCGAAUCGAAAAUAUAGUACAGAGCUUAUCAGCAUUUUUUAUGUUUAUUUACAUCCGAACGAAUCAAUUCAUUCAAAUUAAUCAGACUCUACAAUGUUAAGUGAGAAAGGACAGGAUGUGAGUACACUUCUUUAUUCCCCAUUGCAGACAUUAAAACAGUGAAGUAGCAUUUGAUAGUUUUUAAGUAGUAAAGCAAACUAAUUUGAAACAGCUAUUUUGUGGCACUACUAAAAUUAAAAAUGUUAUUAAAUUAGUUGUGUCGCUGCUUUUUGUGAUGCUUCUCCUCAACCCUACAGGCCUACAGUCCCAAAACGGAAGCGUUCACUGCAAAUUGCGUCCUAAUGUCAUGACGCAAGCACAUCAAUAUCAUCACGCGCGGCUGCAUUCAUGAUUAGAUUUGAUUUUCAGUUCAGCGCAACAGACUAAAAGGCCGUUCAUUCGUCUAGUUGAAUGUUAUGUCACGGUUUAACAUGAAGCAUGGUCCUUGCGCUGCAGGUAAAGCCUCUACUGUCCCUCUUCGUCUUCGUUCCGCUUCAUUUAAGUGGCCAUUUGUUUGCGUUCACGCAGUAUAUUAACUCGAUAAAAAAAACCUCGUCCGUUUUUCUAUUAGAAUGUGAAGUGCUAAUAUUGGAAAGAGAUUACUCAAAGACUGUUUUGCCCAGGUUGACAUUAAUACAGCGGCAGCAGUGUUGCAGAUAGGCGCUGAGAGACAAAAAAAUCACUAGCAAUUUAUUCCUGAUGUGUCAUGUUCUCUAUAGCAAUUAUGAUGCUGGCCUAUUGUGUGAAGAAUAAAGGAGAUGCAAAGAUAGCAUUUGCCGUUUUUCAUCAACCCUGUGCACAGCUCCUGAUCUGUCACAACAAAAUGCUCUCUCUCACCCUUUGCUCUCCAUAUCUGUCUUUCUCUCUUUCUUUCAUCCUUGUAAACGUUGAGCUGCACGUGCUUCGGCAUGCCUCUAGAAGAUUUGACUUGUGCAUGGCGCGCGACUGCAAGUUCACACUAGGCAAUGGCCCUUGGGACUGUAUUACAUAUUUAUCAUGGCAAUUAGGAGACUUGUGCGCUAAGGGCCAUUAAAAAACGAAAGUGCCCCAGCGCAGUGAUGCAGUCUGUGCUCGCCGCUCGUUCUUAAAGCCGAUUAUCAAUGGCUGUGGCUUUUGUGUAUACACAAGAGAUGCUCAAACUCUCCAUUACAGCCACCAUCUUGGCACUAUACAGCCCCACAAGGGCUCUGCCACUCCCUCUCACUGUACCACUCUGCUUUUAUAGAAAAUAGCAGCUCGCUGAGAGAGAAAUAAGGAGGAUGUGGUCUGAAAAGCUGUGAUAAGGGUUCAGCAGGCACAUACAGCUUCACCAGCCCACAGACAUCUACGAACCAAGGUUGAAAAUAGCCCUUGUUUGUCUGGGUGACAUAUGUUGUAUAGCCAAGGGCUCCAGGAAACCGGUCCGAAGCCAGCACCUCCAGCACAGGAUGUUACUGUAGUGCACGUUACUAUGAUUCUCUUAGUCAUUCAUGAAGAGAGAAACCAGAGCGCCUGGCUGUGAAAUCUCUAUACAGCAACAAAUCGGCUACAAAUUGCUGAAUGCUGUAUAAGAGGAGAUGUGGGACUUGUUUGGAGGCCCAGAAGGCUGGUCGGAUGGGUAGACUCUGGGCCCCUGCUCCGCAUUCACAAUCGAAUGGCCCCAGCCGUGCAUGAAUGAAUGGAUAGAUGCAUUAGCAUCUCCUCACAUCAGUCCUCUGAUGUCUCCCACACUUUGAUGUUUGGAAAGAUGGACAGAAAGAAGGGGGAAGGAGAAAGAGAUGGCACGGGAUGAGAGAGCGGGAUGAAAGCCAACGCUGAAGGAAGAGAGAGGAAGAUGGAUCAUUUGGGAUUUGCACAUUUCUCUUUGCAUGGGUUUUAUGUUGCAUCAUCUAUGAAAUUAAUCAUGGCAUAGAAAGUGGAAGUGGGAAACAGCUCUUUUGGACAUGUCUGUUGCACUUUUUCUGUAAUGAUCCACCAUGAUGGUCGUGAAAAAUCAGAUUAUUACUAAACAUCUGGGAUGUACACAUGGCCAAAAGUUUGUGACACCCCACUUCUAAACAACAAUGGAUUUAAAUACUUCAAUCAGAUGUUUUCAGUAGAUUCUUUACUAUUCUUUAUCUGGUCCACACAACUAGUCUAAAUGAUUUAUUCACUCACUGAUUCAGUGGCAAUGGUUCUUGAGUUGGGCAACCUAAGUUUCAGUCUGUUUCUCACCCAAAUCAGUCAUAUUGCAUUGCACAUGAGCUAUAAUGGACCACUUUGAUGGUGCUUUUUAUAGUACUUUUACUUUGAAGCUUGGAAGCUCUAGUCAUAGUUUAUUGUAAUUGCAUGGGAAAAAAUGACCAGAAUCAAAAUGUUCCUUUUUGUGUUCAUACAGCUUUGGAACUGUGUGAAUCUGAGAAAAUGCCCAUGAUUUUGGAAUUACAAGUUACUUAUGGGUGUUGUGUUUUUUUGUUUUUUGACCAUUUAGUUUAUUCGAGUGGCAACGGAGAGAGAUGAAUGGUCUCAUCAUCGGUUGUUUGAACUGUAAGAAGCACAGCCUUAUGUCAUGUUUCCACAUUUGUUAACGUACAAAGCCCUUUAUCCCAGCAGUCUGAUGCAGCGAUCGAGUCAUUAGAGAUCCACUGGGGGAUUUGAGAAAGAGGGGCCAUCAUACUCUAUCUACACUUGGUAGCACAUAUAGACCACUAGCUACUUCACUGUGUGUUUACACAGCAGCUGAUGGAGUGGCAAAUCGAAUGGCUCUCAGAUGGUGUGAGCUGGAUGAAAGUGAGGAAUAGGACUACAGUAGAUGGGUUUGAAUCACAGAAACAGAUACCUCAGAUGAUGAGAGCUCUUCAGAGGAAAGAAUAGGUGGAAUGGGGAAAUGAAAUAUUUUAAGCUUAUUAUGGUUGUGUGAUGUGUCCCAUGUCUUAUGGGUCUGUGGAAUAGAAAAUCUAGAAGGUGUCUUGUAUUUGUAAAGCGUAUAUUGUUUAAAGAUUGAGAGCACAGAAUAUAAUGGAAGACAUAAAUCUGUGCAGGAUUAUUUGAGAACAAGGGUGUUACGAUAUCUAAGGGUGCUUAAACUUCACAAAUGAUUAAGCUUUCACGAGUGGGAGGUACUUCCUAUGAGCAAGCCCAAUCAGCAGAGCUGUCACUCAAAAUUACUGGGGGUGUGGCAUUACUCACCGCUACUUCUCUGGCUUUCUGCUGCAGUUUGACUGAUUUAUCAUGUUGAGAGGCUGUUUAUAUGAAAGACUUUAUGAAUAUAUAUAUAAAUAUAUAUUAAUAUAUGUAUACAUAACACUUUAUUUUUGCUUUCUUUGUACUAUAUUGUCAAAAUGGAUUGAUUGCUUUAUUUUGUUGAUUCUGUUCAUAUAAAAACCAAACAAAAAGUUGUGCAAUAAUGAACAAUGAAGAAAAAAUGUACCUUGUAAUUUAGUGUAUAUAUUCAGCCUGGUGGCAAUAAAGAGGUGUGACUUCCAAAAAGAUUUGACUGAGAACGGAGACUGAGGUGUCCUCUCUCACCUUUGUACAUUCACCACCGGUCCUGCUUAAGAUUUCAUUGUAAAAUGUAUUGUAUUAAAUAAAAUUUAAGAUAU